ACAACUAACUGUGCGUUGUACAAAUUGACCGAACGCAAGUUGUGUGGGAACUUUUUCAUUUAUAUGCCACUGAUGGAAUGCGAGAUUUUCCUGCGGAAAUUGUUGUUCAAUUGUCGGCAUAUUUGGGACACGUAAUCAGAAGAACAUUUCCGUCAAGCUUUUGAAUCCAGAAUCGUCGAGAAAUACACAGGAAAACCAGUGGGACUGAAACUUGUUGAUGUGUGUGUAUGCACAAUCGUGCUUGAGUGACUAUCGACUUUCCGUGACAUUCAUUGUGCACCAACUCCCAACGAUUGACCGUUUAGUGAACAUAAUUGACAGUUCGGAUAUUGGUGCAUGCAAGGACCGCUGUUCGGUGUUCGGUGCUGUGGAAAACUCGGUGCAGAAACCUGCUUAAAAGUGACUGAAAGCGCCAUGUGAAAGUUGAAAAGUUCAUCCAAGGUGAACCUAACAUUUAUCUUAAACGGUUACUAUGGUUUAAAUGAUGUGACAAUUCGCUAAUAAUACUUGUAAUUUCGCAAUGUUUGUGAGACGUUUUCUAUCGUGAAAAAAUUGUAACUCGACGUGGUUCACACGGUGUGUGGGGACAAUUUAUCGCAUCAUGAUCUCACACGAAAAGCUUCUUGAAUUUUGGAUAACAACUGUAAUCGGCUGAUUAUUGCUAUGCAGCACAGAUCAAGUGUGAACUCUAGAUAAUAGUGAUUGCUUUACAACCGAUUUUCACGUUGCCUAAUGGGAAUUUUAUUACGGCUGAUAAAGCUUUCGGAAUUUCUGACAACCAUGGCCAAGGGACAUACACUGCCGGGGAUCGGCGCCGCGUGACGGCUCGUUUGCGUGAUGUUUGCACCGGAUCACCUGCAGUCUGCCCCGCACGAUCAGCAGCACAACACCGCGGUGAUGACCGGUAACCCCAGCAUUUGUGGGCCAGACUUCGGCGUGCGGUCGGUGACAGGCGCCGGAGGCUACCAGGCCCGUGUUGCUCAGUCGUACCACGGGGGAGGUAUGGAUGCUAGCUCGGGCUUCAAUUCAUACAGCACCACAGCAAGCACCGUGGACAGUAUGAAAGGAUUUGAAUGCACUGCUUUGGACAGUGGCUUGCUGAACUCAGGUGGGAAUAAUUCUAGUGGUGGAAUCGAUGGGCAAAUGUACAUCACACCGAACAGAACUAUGAUGACUACAAAUUCCACUAAUAUGACUUACAAUGAAUAUGGACAGAAUCAUUCCAAUGCAGAGGGCUUUGGAAGUCAGAUGACUCGGUCACAUGCCUACAACAACCAAUACAUGUCCAGUGCAUCUUACAACAGGCAAACUCGAGGUGUGCACGGGAUCAACAACACUUCAGUACACCAACACUCUCUGAACUCUGACUAUUCUACUGACAGUAUGACAAGACGAAUGUCGGUUCCUGCUGCGGAAAACAAUGCAGCUACCCAGAGUUAUGCACGAGCAAAUUCCUACCCAACAGGAACACCAUAUGCUGAGAACUCCCUGACUCAGUUUCCUUCAACAAGUCAAUCAUAUUCCAUUGGUGGCUACAGUCAGACAAACUUUCCAGAAUUAGACUCCGCCGUUCCAGCAAAUAUGGCGGCAACUGCGCAAAUGAACAGGAGGCAGCAAGUUAACAGUUACCAACAAUCUUAUGCAUCAGGAACUGUGAAAAAAACGACCUACCCAACAGCUGCUAUGGGUAGUGGCAAUGAAGGCUGGGGAGAUUCAAGUUACCCAGUGCAGCAAAAGUUUCCAUCCCAUUCUUCCAUGGCAAAGACACAUUCCGUUGAGUCGGGGGAAAGUAGCAGUAUGUACCCCCAAUAUCAGCAUGGGACACAGAAUACGGCAACCAUGCAAGGAAUGCAAUACACCAAUGCAAGACUGCCUGGAUACACGUCUUCCAAUGCUGAAAUGACUGCAAAUCACUACUCCUCAGCGACUAACAUAACUGGUAUGUGCACACCCACCUCUACUUCCAUGACGACAAGUAAUAAAUUUUCAAAAACUUUUUCAGGAAUGAGCCAGCAGUCAAGACAAAACAUGUCUUAUAGUCAAAUGCCAGUUGGUCAUAUGAGAACUGUAGGAUACAAAAAUGUUGCGGAUUCACAAGCCACAGCCAUGGGCCAAUCCAAUGUUGCUGGUUCGUCUCAAAGAUUAAGACAUUAUGGACCAAUGCCUACUCAAGCUCAAAAUGCCCAGAAUAUGCUUUAUAGGAACUAUAAUCAUUCUGAGAAUUCGGUAAACAGUGGUAAUUCCGCAGUGGCUCAUAACGUGCAUGAACAGUACCAACAUUAUGACCAAUAUGGUGGGGCUACACGACACGACAGAAUGCGUUCACUAGAUGGGAGAUUUGUGAGCAGUGCUUCAUCAGCACAUACGGGUGUGGGAAUGCCGACCAGUUUGUCCAUGCAAAACACAAACCAAAGACCUUUUGAACCACCCGCCCAUCAGCAGACCACUACCGGUACUGGUCAUUCGUCCACUGGCAGUGCCAAUCUGUCGUAUUAUAAUAACAGAACUAAACCUGAUGCAUUUAGCCCAACAUCCAUGCAGACAGCGGUUGGCUGUCAAGAAAGCUUUAACCAUACUUAUCCUGAGGGUCAACAGCGGUUCAAUAGUUCGGUUAACAACUCCAAUGUAAUGAGCCAUUCAAACUGCCCCCCUGCUUAUCAGAUUCAGCAGAACGAUCCAGUUCAGUCGGAGGCAGAUAUUCGGAGAAAUAUGAUUUUCAGCGCCGAGUUGGAGAAAUUAGCUCGUCUUUCAAGGGACCCGAUGGCCGAUGAAUUUCCAGGUAGUGUUGGGACAGUUGGGGUAACUUCUCAACCGCAAGAAACCGUCCAAAAUCUUGGACAAACUGUUCGAAAUCCCCAUUAUCCAAGCACUGCAAGUGGGAACAUGGGGCAGACAAUGUAUACCAACCAGGGACCAAAUUCGUCUGAAAACAGUAAAACUGCAGUUCAAGGGAAAAGUUAUCAAACCCAGGCUGCUACUGCUCCACCUGUUAGUGUACCCACGAACCACAGCGCAAAACUGACAACCCAGCAGCCAACAGUGCAGGAAUCAUGUGCCGUGAUUCUGUCUGCACCAUCCACACCCAGUUCUACCGCAGGUAAUACACAACAAACUUCUCCUGAUUCAAACUCCACCCGCCCUGUCCGAACUUCGACCCAAACAAAUCAGAAUCCAAGUGCCCCGGCUCCUGCCCCAGUUCCUUCACAAGAGAAGGGAAAAGAAUCGCAAAAUGCAGUACAGCAACUCCAACGGUUGACGCAGUCGCUCAAAGAGAAAAAAGAUGACGGAACAAAAACAUCUCAACACAUGGAAUAUUUGAUCCACAACAAUGAAAGUAGCUCCUCUAUGGGUGGGCAGAAUUGCAUUGCUGCUUUAUCUGCUGCAUGUCGUAAUAUGAUCGCUGAUAUGGAUAACUCGGUUCCAAAACUCACCCCUACUACUCACAGCCCCAUUGCAAUGAAAUCUUAUAUGGAUAACCCAGGGAGUGGCAUGGGACAAAAGUAUGUUUCCACGCCUCAGAAUCAAACUUCUUACGGUACUCAAAUAACUGACCAGAUGUAUUCUCCAGCUAAUGCAACCGGGCAGACUAUCUCCCCACCGUUAGUUUCAAUGGGUGAGUCAUUUGGAUCCCCUCCCUACAACACAUCUAAUGUACCACAAGACUACCAAACACAGUUCAGUGAUUUCCUUGAGCAAAGUGUACCCAUGCAAAUGAACACCAGGAGACCGGAAGAGAAACCAAGAAAAAAGGGCAAACGCAAAAAGUCUGAUGAAGUCAAUGACAUGACCACAGCCAGUACUAUCGGCCCCAAGAAAAGGCGUGGGAGAAAAAAAUCAUCCCAAAACCCGCUUAGUGUGGAGUCGUUGGACCAUCCCAAUUCGCUUGACAAUCUAAAUGUUUCCACACCAAUGAGCGAAGGACAGUUGCCAUUGGUUGAGGAAAGUCCAAACCGCUCAGCCACUCACACUCCCAACAUAAUGUCAAAUUCAUGGAGGACAAAUGACUCAAAAUAUACGAGUUCUGAGCUAAUGCCUGGUUUGUUAACUAGCCAACAAACGCCCUCAGUUGAUAGUGACAGCGUUGCGCAAGACUUUUUAGACAGUGUGUUUUCUCCUGACACCACUAUGUCUGUCACGAACCAAGAAGCUGUUGACUCGUUUAGUCAGCUAACGAGUGUGAACCAGUCCCAUCAUUCUCCAGCGUCGUCUUUAACGUCACAGCAAUCCAUGAAUGAAACUGCAUCAACAGGGUCCUACUCCUCACAAGGUGGGCUAAUGGCUCGAAAUAAUCAGUGUUAUCAAACCGAUUGUAUCGACCAAUCCAAACUGGCCACUUACUCAAAUCAGCAAAUGAAAUCCUUGAAAAUGUCGCACGGAACUGUGUCUUCUACGGGGGACUCGGUAUCCAACCCCGUGUCGACAUCCAGUGACACGACGGACGCGAACAGCGAGAAAAGCGCUCAAGAAGAAAUCCACCCGCUUGAAAUUCUGCAGGCCCAAAUUCAAUUGCAGAGACAACAAUUCAAUUUGAAUGACUCACGCCCGUUGCCUUUGAAAACUGCCCUGAAAAAACCAGCCGGCGUUAACCCUGCCAAAAAGACUGGUCCGUCCACGAUGGUGCAAGGAGAAGUCGAUGUGAAUGUGUUAAUGGCAGAGGAGGACUCGACAUGGUAUCUGCCGAAUGAACAACCUAAGGAACCAGAAGUGCCUUGGGAGAACACCCGGAAGAACACUAAAGGUAAGGACAGUUCGACUGUCUUUCCUUGGGACUGGUUUGCGUCAUGACACCAACUCCAAUGCUAAAACGGCCCACAAUCAUCAAGGAUCAAACUUUCUCUUUAUAACCCGGAUACUUUUGAAAUGCUGAAAAACUCAAUUUCAUUUUGACGAUUGUGACCUUAUCACAGUGAAAGACUCAGUGGAAAUAUUGAAGGCGCCAUGAUGCAGACCAGUAACCUUUUUUUUAAAGAUUAAUAAUUGUAAAAUUAUUAAAGAUGCACAAUCUGUUCUUAUCGACAAAGCUUUGAGCUCUUUUCGUCUCAUGAAAUUUUCUAAGUACCUGUUCAACCCAUCCCGUGGUUAUCUAAACUUGUGUAAGUUUGUUCUCAUUAUUGUGAGAAUUUAUUCAUUGGGGAUUCCAAAGCAGGAUAUUUUGCAAAAUGUAAUGCAUACAUUUAUGUGAUAUGAUGAUAUUUCCAGUAUGACAUUCAAAACAAACAGAUUGUGCAUCUUUAGUCUUUAUUCUGAUGUUUUUUUUUGUGGUUUUGUUUUUAUGUUUUUAAAAACUAUGGAACUAACUUGUAUCAAAGGUCAAUGUAAAUACGUUUGUAGAUUUUGAAUUUCUGAAUAUUUUACAUAUGAAUCUGUGACUUAAGAUUUGAAGGUUUUAUACUUGAAAGUCUUAUAUUGAAGGUUUUAAACAUGAAAUAAUUAAGUUAUUCUUAAACGUGCAUGUUGUUUGUGGAACAGUGAAUUUUAAUUGCAAUUUAUAAGCAAUUAAUGCUGAAAUGAGAAGACUUACUUUGCAAUGCGAAAAGCAGAUUUUGUUGCAUUUUCUUUACCAGAGCUUUAAAAUUAUGGUUUCAGUCUGUGUCUUUUUGCACAACUUCCUUUUUUAUUUGAUUGGUUACAUUCGUAUUCACACUGAUUAAAAAAAAAACUUGCAACAAAACUUGUCAACAAAGAUAAAAGUAAAAGACCUCUCACUUAAGUCACAGUCACUGGAGCUUUAAAUUGUGGUUUAAGUCUGUGUUUUCUGCACAUUUUCCUUUUUGAUUUAUUCAAUUACAUUCAUAUUUCCUCUGAUGUUAAGAAAAACUGCAACAAAAGUUAAAAUGUCCAUUGCGCGUCCACAUUUUCACAAGUCACUAGAAUUGGGGCAUAAACUUUAAAAUGUUCAACAACAUUCUCGUACUUUUACUCUAUCUACGGUCAGUGCUUCCCAAAGCCCAAAUGUCACCUUGAAAUUUAAUAAGUAGAUGCAUGAGAUUUGUGCCUUAGGUGUUGUAAUCCUUUCUUAGUAGACUCCUGUCUAAAGUGAAGUCCUAUCUUGAAUCUACUGACAGUACACAAAGCACUUGUAGCCACAAGGCUUUGUCAAAACAUUCCUAACACUGGGUCACUUGUUUGACUUCCUGUCGGCCUACCAGAAUUUCAACUUGAAGUCAAAGUUCUUGACCAUUUAGGCAAACUAUAUUGUGAUGUCGUUUCUCAUAUCGUGAUGUACAAUGUAUGAUUAUAGAGAAUAUUUUACAGAAGUUAUUAGGCCUUACCAGUGACUAUUUUGCAAUUUUUAUUUUUUAAUUCUUUUUUUUAAACAACAAAUUAGGCAACCUUUUUGUUUUCAGAACUAGGCCUGUAGCGAUUAUAUUUUUAAUAACGCUCCACCUCAAGUUUGUCAAAAUCUGCUACUAAAGUUGGUUAAUCUUUUAUUGACUCAGUACUAUUACAUGUUGGUGGGUUUUCAUUGCUGGUGAACACUUUUUGAAAUUUUGUUUUAGACAGGCUCUUACAAAAUAUGCCUUGUAUGAGCUUAAUAUUGUACUAUUUUUCUCUACAAUUAUAGUCUGUAAAUUUAAGCUAUGGUCUGUAAAUUUAAUGUUAUAAUAUAAAUUGUCUUUUUUAAAUGAAAUAAGGUGAAAAUCGCUAUACUUUUCCCACAGUAAAAAUGAAAACAUGUCCAGACAACGUCUGAUUUCUGAAGUUUAUAAAGCAGUUAUUAACCAAUGGAUAUUUUUGACACUAUAUGAUGAUGACAAUGUGAAAAGGGUGAAUCUGUCCCAACUGUCACUGAAAAUCUUUUUCUUCAGAAAUGCUUUAGAAAUGACAGUGAAAUAGGUUUGAUUUGGAUCGGUGUAUCGGUAAAAACAAAAUAUUAAUACAGGGCUCAAGUUUUAGAAUGGACUGCAGGCCAGUGGUUUUAGCAUUGGGCCAGUAAACUCAUGACUCGACAAGUUCGGCGGUCUAGUAUUUGUAUUCAGUUGUUGACUGUCAGUCUGAUUAGUAUAAUUUGGUUGAUUAUUGAGAAUUUGUAUUCAUAAAGUAUGGAGAUGAAUCUCUCUUAGUGCUUUUUCAAACUAAAACAGUUCAACUGUUUUAAAAAACAGUGACGCAUUUUUUCUUCUAAUUUCAAUCCGGUCUUGUACAUAAAAUGGGAGACU